AUGGCUACCAACAUCACCUGGCACCCCGGUCUCACUCGCAAGGAGCGCAGCGAGUACCGCAAACAGAAGGGCUUCACCCUCUGGUUCACCGGUCUGUCGGCCUCGGGCAAGUCGACCAUCGCCACCGCUCUUGAGCAGCACCUGCUCCACCUCGGCUACGCCGCCUACCGCCUGGACGGCGACAACGUCCGCUUCGGCCUGAACAAGGACCUCGGCUUCUCCGAGAAGGACCGCAACGAGAACAUCCGCAGGAUAGGCGAGGUCGCCAAGCUCUUCGCCGACAGCAGCAGCAUCGCCAUCACCUCCUUCAUCUCGCCCUACAAGGCCGACCGCGCCUCGGCGCGCGCCCUGCACGCCGCCGUCCCCGAGGGCAGCGCCGACGAGCCGCUCCCCUUCAUCGAGGUCUACGUGCAGAUCAGCGUCGAGGACGCCGAGAAGCGCGACCCCAAGGGCCUCUACAAGAAGGCCCGCGCCGGCAUCAUCCCCGAGUUCACCGGCAUCUCGGCCCCCUACGAGGAGCCUGAGAACCCCGAGAUCCUCAUCAAGUCGGCUGAGACGCCCGUUGAGGUUGCUGUCCAGCAGAUUGUCGAUUACUUGACUGAGAAGGGCUUGUUGAGCAAGGCUUAG